GUGGCCGGUGGCCGGGCCAAGGCAGACCAAGGCGCCCCCUACGACGGCGGCAACUCGCCCCAGAAGGGCUUCGGGACCGUCUGCCGGGAGCAGGACUGCUCGAGGGAACCCCUGCGGAAGGCGCCCAGGCCUGCCGCGAGGGGCCUCCUCGGCUGCUGCCGGCGCCGGGCCCCGGCGGUGGCCUCCAGCGGCGCGCCCCAGGGCGCGCCCCCAGCGCGGCAGGAGACCUUCGGGCCCGACGAGCAUGGGCUCGCCAGCCCGACGCUGGACGCGCUGGACGAGGGCAAGCGGGAGAAGAUGGCGGAGCUGCGCAGGCGCCUCGACGCGCUGCCGGCGAAGAAG